AUGAUGAUGGAGAAGAUUAGUUGGAUUAUUUAUUGCUCAAAUAUAUAGGUUUUUUUUAUAUAGGUUUUAUUCCUCAUAUAUAUAUAUAUAUAUAUAUAUAUAUAUAUAUAUAUAUAUUGGCAGUUUCACACACGCGGCCAUGGCGUCAACUGCACCCUCUUGCUCACCGACCGCGGCCAGCUCCUCAUCACCAGAGGCUCCAGCGAUGGGCGGAGGGGACGGUAGUGACGGGAAGCGAGGGUUCGUCUUCGUCAAGGAUUUCCAGGCGGAGGAGGACGGCAUCGCGAUAGCGGAGGCCAGGUGUCUCGACGCCAUCCGAUCUGCGCUGGAGAACCUCGAGGACCAGCUCGAGUUCUUCCAUGCUAUAAAAUCACAACAGCGAGCUGAACGAGAUGCUGCUAUGGUGCGGUUGGGACAGAGUCGCAACAUUCUUUCUAGGAGAUUGGCUGAACACCAGGGAAAGAAGUACAUAGUCAUUGAAAUGGCAUAGGUAAGAAUUUGGAAGAUCAUGAAGGCAACAGGCCUAGUAUGUAAAUACGGAUGCUCGUAUCGAGCUUCACUAUAGCCAAAAGGUCAUUCAGGUCGAUGAGGAUACACUGUUUCAGAAAAUGCUGCCGCAUUUGCCGUAAGUGUGCUUGCUCUUCUGCAGCUCGAUCAAGAUGCAUUUACGUUUAAGGAAGAGAAAUGAAAGAACUUUUUCUUGGUCGUGUCGAUUCUUCUAGGAGCAGCCGGUUGAAGCAUCUCGAUGUUCUAUCGGCGAGGGGCUGCUCUUUCUAACUGAUGCUUGUACAGUUUGUUUGAAAUGGUUAGGAAGAUAGUUUUACCAAAUAAUUUUGAGUAAAUUUCCCAAAAAUAUUUAUCCCCCUUCAUAAGUUGAAAUUUUGCCCAAAAAGUACUUUUGAAGUGGUCAUGACUAGUUUGUCUGUACAUAAAUACAGUCUGAGUGGUUGCUUACGACAAGUAGUUUGUGCUACUUUGGAUUACUAUGGAUGUAUGAGGUUAAAUUACAAUCCUGAAAUAGAUCUGUAUGCUUGUCAGUUUCCUUUUCA